AUGGCCUCCAACGACGAUGAAUACUCGAUACCACAGGGCUUUGGUGCUGGUAUAAAAAGGAAGCGCGUCCCAUUUGUUCCGUCUAGAGACACGGCCACUCUCUCCACUACUACAUCUGCUCCCGCCACGGUAUCUUCAUCUCCCACACCAGGUGGUUCUUCUAUAGCAGCCAAGUACCUAUCUAUUGUACUCCCAUCAAGUAGUCAGUCCGAUACUGGCUCUCCUGGAAAUACUUCUUCGGAUACGGAGCUAUGUGAGGUCUGUCGCCUUCCUUUAAAAGCUAUCCCCAAGCAGCUGAAUCAAGGGGACGAAAGGGAGCCCAAAGCUUCCGCCAGUGAACCGCCCGAUACUAUACCACACGAAGCUUCUCUGGCGCACCAAGUGUGCCUCCCACACUCCCAUCCGCCAUCCGCCGUUGAUAGGACCAGGGCAGGUUAUAAGUAUCUCUCCUCAUAUGGCUGGGACCCUGAUGCUCGCUCCGGCUUGGGGCCGACCGGAUCAGGUAUACAAAUUCCACUGAAACCCAAAAUGAAAAACGAUACGGUUGGAUUGGGGGUGGGUUCAUGGAGAGACGAAGCAGAGGACCAUGGAGGGAAGCGACAGAAACGGAAGCUUAAACAGUUACGGGAAAAGGAAGAAGCUGACAAGGCAAAGAAUGCACGAAAGCUAAAUGCGAAGCAGGUUAGGCUACAGGAGGAGGAAAAGAAAAGACACGGGGAGAAGUUACGAGAUGUAUUCUAUCGGACUGAGGAUAUGGAGAAAUAUUUAGGGAACUGA